AUGCCGAGCGUGCAGUCAACCGGAACUCAUACCAACCCCACAGUAAAUCAGCAAUCCGCGGAUCAUGCCAACAGUACUUUUGAUGCACUGAUAGAUUUGCUCGCAUCAGAUGAUAUCCAUGAUAUCGCAGGAGCAGAUUCACAUCCCUCACACAGCCCUAAUCACACCUUACAACUACGGGACGCAUCUGGCAAACUAGAUUUUGACAAGAUCCGUCUCAUGUUCGCAACACAAAAUUUAGGCGCUGACAGAAUCGAUAACAAAGCACUGGCCGAUACCCACUCAGAGACCCGCAGUCUGCGUGCGCAGCGUGGGAGUGAUGUGCACGAUGUGCGUGUAUUCAUGCCACAGGAUCUUACCAUUGACGGUCCCAAGGCACUUAGCAGAAACGGUUUCUCAGCUCUCCCAGCUCGUCCCCCCUCCGACACUCACCAAAUGCGCAAAUUGCCGUGCCCCGUGAUAAGAUGCUGCUCCCUCAUCAUGUACGUUCUGAGCGGAUCUGAUGGCGAUCACCCAAUUCAUACCAGUAGGGUAGAUAGGGUCGGAGAUUUGGCUAAACCGCUUGAGUUCGAACAACUGAACAGCGCACUCUCACAUGCUACCUCCGAAAUUGACUCUCUCCGUGAACAAUAUGAAAAGCUCCGCAUCUCUGUCGCGGAACGGGUUUCUCCGCAAAAUGGCUUACAAACAAGAAAACCUUCUGUUCAGACCUCCGGCAAUCACAUCAUCCCUUCAUCUCAGCCACGGGCUGACAUACAAGGCCCCGAACUCGGUCCCAUGGAGGAAAUAUGGAGCCUUUCUGAAUAUGAGGCAAAGAAUAUUCUCACCGGACUAAUCACAUCACUACAACUGUCCCCUCGUUCUGUCAUGAACCUAGUUUCUAAGUUCUGGGAAGAAGGUCCGGUCUGUCCACGGCCCAAUAGUGUCGACGAUAUCAGGUCUUCCAUGGAAUUCCUGGCUCGUGUCGAUGAGCUGGUAUGGAAACGGUCUGUGCUAGUGAAUGGCAGCGGUCCGGAUCUACUCUAUUCGAGAGCCAAUACGGAUGCCCUUGUUGAGCGCCUGGCUCUCUGGGAGAAAGCUAUCAGAGGCCAUCACAAAGGCUAG